UUCAACUCAAAUUUCCGGUGCUCGCAAAUGAUCUGCAGAAGAGAGUCGGUAGUGUGAUUGUGUAAAUAAAGCAGCCUUAGUAAUGCAAUAGAACGAUAAUUAUUUCAAUUUUCAACCGUAAUAACUGAAUCAGGCACCGCCGAAACGCAAGGGAAUCGGGAACUGACUUGCGCAAAGAUCCAAUGACAGAUCCGAAUCUGUAUCUCCAGGAAUCGGGUUGGGAGGAACUCAGAAAGGAGGCACGUAAGAUCGAGGGCGAUCUCGAAGUUAAGCUCUCGUCGUAUGCUAAGCUCGGCGCCAGGUUCACCCAAGGAGGUUAUGUGGAUAGUGGAUCACCAACAAUUGGGUCUGGCAGGUCCUGGAAGUCCAUGGAAAUGGAAAUCCAGUCAUUGCUGGAGAAGCUGCUAGACACAAAUGAUGCAAUGAGUAGAUGUGCUGCAUCUGGUGCACCAACUACUUCAGUAACGCAGAAGCUAGCUAGGCACAGAGACAUAUUUCAUGAGUUUACGCAGGAAUUUAGAAGAAUCAAGGGAAACAUAAACUCAAUGAGGGAACAUGCAGAGCUUCUCAGUUCUGUUAGGGAGGAUAUUAGUGAGUACAAGGCGUCUGGGAGUAUGUCACCAAGAAUGCAGUUAUUACGGGAAAGAGCUUCCAUCCAUGGAAGCAUAGCUCACAUAGAUGAUGUAAUUGGUCAAGCUCAAUCGACAAGAGCUGUCUUGGGCUCGCAAAGGGCUUUGUUUGGAGAUGUUCAGGGAAAAGUGAAGGCUUUGAGUGAUAAGUUCCCCAUUAUUCGAGGCUUACUUGGUUCCAUCAGAAGGAGGCGUUCAAGAGACACCCUAAUUCUGUCUGCAGUUAUUGCCGCUUGUACGUUGUUUCUUAUCAUCUAUUGGCUAUCAAAAUAACAAAAGAUGUGAUUUACAUAUGGAUCUAUAAUGAUGGUGUUUUUCCAUAGGAAUUUUGCAUAUGUAUUAUUUUUUUAAAACAAA